CAGGACUGCAGCCCAGACACAGCCACUCAAACUUGUUGACGGAAAAGGAAAAUACCAUCCAAUACAAACUGCUGAUCCUCGGGGCUUCAUCCUGCUAGGAGCUUUGGAAUUACUGCUGCAUAAGAAGUCUGUCCUUCUUCCAGCUCUGUGAUCCACCAUCGACCUUCACGUGAGAGUAUCUCCUGCAAGGUUCCCUCCAGACCACACCCAGGCAGCCAUGCGCAGAGCGCUGUCUCCUGUCCUGUUGCUACUGCUGGCUGCCAGGCUGGCUGCCAGCAUCUUCUUGCCUGACUCCCUGGAGCUGAAACGCCUGCUGAGCCGCUACCAGGUCGAGCUGGAGCCCAAUGCCACCGCCCCAGGGUCGUCGCCACGGCAGCGCAGGGCCAUCCCGUGGGCCGAUCGCGAGGAGAUCCUCGCUCUCCACAACAAACUGAGAGGAGACGUCUAUCCCACUGCCUCCAACAUGGAGUACAUGGUAUGGGAUGAUGAAUUGGAACGCUCAGCUACACACUGGGCUGAAGAGUGCCAGUGGGAACAUGGGCCAAAAGAUCUGCUCAUGUCCAUUGGGCAGAACCUGGCCGUGCACUGGGGCAGGUACCGCUCCCCUGCUUACCAUGUCCAGGCCUGGUACGAUGAGGUGAAGGACUACACCUACCCUUACCCAUACGAGUGCAUCCCCUGGUGCCCAGAACGCUGCUCCGGACCCAUGUGUACCCACUACACACAGUUGGUGUGGGCCACCACGAGUCGCGUGGGCUGCGCUGUCCACAUAUGCCCACGCAUGAGCGUGUGGGGUGAGAUCUGGGAGAACUCAGUCUACCUCGUGUGCAACUAUUCACCCAAGGGUAACUGGAUCGGGGAGGCCCCUUACCAGCCUGGACGCCCCUGCUCCCAGUGCCCGCCCAGCUACGGAGGCGGUUGCCGAGACAACCUCUGCUACAAGGGAGACCCAGAGCGCCAUGAGACUCCAGAGAUGAAUGAGGUUGAGAGGCCACAGCUGCCUGUGCCUCAGACCACCCCAGCCAAGCCCGUCACCAGGCCUAAAAGCAAGCCCAAAAAACCCCUCUCACCCAAGGUCACACGCACCAAUUUCCUGGCUCAGAAUAUCAGGUGUGAGACCAGAAUGAGGGACAAGUGCAAAGGAGUCACUUGCAGCAGAUACAACUGCCCAGCCAACUGUGCCAACAACAGAGCAAAAGUCUGGGGAACGUCGUACUAUGAUGUGCAAUCAAGCAUCUGCCGUGCGGCAGUCCACCAUGGGGUCAUAGACAACACUGGAGGUCUGGUGGAUAUCACAAGACAAGACAACUUUCCGUUCUUUGUUAAAGCAACAAAGAAUGGUGUGGAGUCCCUCAGUAAAUAUAAAACUGCCAAUGCAUUUAUGGUGGCAAAAGUUCAUAUAGCAUCAGUAGACUGUUAUACUACUGUUGCUGAGAUUUGCCCUUUCAGGAGCACCUCCUCCCACUGCCCCAGGGUCGACUGCCCAGCCAACUGCAAGAACGAGCCGUCGUACUGGGCUCCAGUGAUUGGCUCCAAUAUCUACGCUGAUAACUCCAGUAUCUGCCGGGCAGCAAUCCACGCUGGGGUGAUCAAAGCCACUGGAGGCUCUGUGGACAUUUUGGCUCUGGAUAAGAGGAAGAGCUAUGCUGGAAGUCUGAAGAAUGGCAUUCAGUCCGAGAGAAACCCAGAGCUGCGUAAAAUAAACAACGGGACCGUCUGUGGCACGAGGCUACUCAUUGGCCUUGCACGUCAGCAGUAGGCCGUGUGAUGAAUAACCAGCAGGGCAGAUGCUUCAUAUUGCAGUGAAGGGGUCGAGGCCAACGAGGAGUUGGAGCUCAGAGUCUCCAGGGGGCCUUGUGCACUGUCCAAUAACACGAGAGCAGAGGAAAUGGAAUAGCAGCCAUAAAUCACCUGAGGUCUGGGAAUGCUAUCAGGACAGCACCGCAGAGACCCCACCGUGUGUACCACACACGGUGAGACAUGGAGGUCAGCUCACUCAGCACCUAUACAACGGUUCGGAGCUCUCGACAUGUCUGAAUACGAUGAGUCGUCUUCUGAAUCAAUGCACGAUGUGGCUUGUUGUGGGAAGAUGGAUUGUAUAAUUAAUUCAAGUGCCUGUUCUAACGCUUCAGCCUGAUGCAUGCUAGAUGCCAAAAUGCUCAAAACAUGUUUACUCACACACAGAUGGGGCAAAGCAAAUGUUUGUCUGAGUACAGCUCGAAGGACUCCUCGUGUAGGUUUAUGAACGGCGGAGUUAAAUGGACAUGCAGACACUCUGCUGGGUUUUCAGCUGUAUAAUCAUGUACAACCAGCCCACAGAAGAAAACCCUAACUCAGAGAUGAUGUUAAAACAAAGAAGAUGUCAGUCUGUUUUGUGUUCCUUGUCAUCUUGGGAGGCAAAACAGGCUCGUUUUUUACUUGCUGUUCCACUCCUGGAGCUUGAUGCAGUGUGGAGACGACGACAACGACAGCGGAAGUAGUCAAAUACUGUCGAGGAAAUGAAAGCGAUCUCUGCGAGUCAACCCUAAGAUGUCCCACAGUACAACCAGGCCAGCAUGACAUGGUAUCGCAAAGUCAUGGUUAAACCUUUUCUGUGAUAAAUUUCCUUGCUGGGAUGAGACAGGAGUGACCCUGAGGAGCUCUCAGACAUCCAUGUUCUAGACACUCGUGAUUGAUUGUGUUGAGUAACUGACUUCAACAGCCUACCAAACUGUUCUGUUUUAUGAAGAGUGCCAGUUCUGUUGGAAGUGGCACAGACCAGUGAAUGUGUAGACCAACCAGUGAAUGUUGAGCAGGUUGCUCUACUGAGCAGGUAAAACCUGGUGCUGUGGGCUGUUCCAACUCUCACCAUCUCCUGUGUACAUGUGAAUAGCCUCUAACAUCAGUGCUAGUUAAUAGUAAACAUCAUCAGUCACUGGCUACACUAUUUGAAUUUCAUGUACAGAAAAUAUUAUGAAUUUACUAUUCAUUAGAAUUAUUUAUAAAGUACAUUUUAAAGUAUGUUUUAAGUACUUUUUUAUUGCACAGGUUUGCUAAACAGAUAAAGAAACUGAAAGGUCUCAGAUCUGGAGUAGCUCAGUAGAUAAACAGAAGAGGAAACGUCCUCGGGUAAACUUCAGAGAUGUAUACGUACACGUGGCAAUUUGACGUUUUGUUUUGAAGUGGCGUGUGAUGGAUGGCUGGUCUUUUAUUGCUGCCAUAUGUUCUGAAGCGUUCUGAGGUUAAGCUCCGAGAUGGGAGGACUCCGAUUGCUCAGCUACUGUGCAGAGCUUCUUUAGGAGCCGGACUUGCACUGCUAUCUGGACCCAUGUAUUUGUAAAGCUGCUUUGUGAUGUGUGUUGUAAAAAGUGCUUUAUUAAAAAUUUGACUUUGGUAUGUUAGAAUAGGGUUUUCUCACCAUGAUAAUCAUGUACGCCAUUAUACACGCACCUCUGACAUGAUGUGAUAUUUUAAUCUAAACAAGUCAACAUAUUGAACGUCCUUACUGAUAACAGAUGAACUGUGGGGGAAGAUCCUUGCCCACCUUUCUGAAAAUGUGACACCGUGGAUUCACCAGUUUGCACUGUUUUUGCUUGAUGUGUGCUACCUGAAGGACGCCAGAGUUACAGCAGGACAACAAAGAAGGAAUAUGUAAACAAUGCUAGGCAACAGUUUCACCUGGGCGGACAGGACUGUCCUGAGGGAGCUUGGGCUGGGCGCUGUUGUGGAAUUUUGAACAAACAGCAAGUCAGACGUGAUUAAGAGAGUAAUUUAAUAAGAAAAAGAAUAAA